GCUAUUUUUCUAUGCUAAAGACUAGUUGCAUCCUCUCUUGCUUAUGGGAGAAAAUGGGAAAAUUUGAUUACUCAAGCAUAGUCGCUAGAUAGGGAAUGCUUGAAAAUAAACCAUUUCUCCUUAGUAAUAUGGUAUGUAACUAUGGUUCAUAUACCAUUUUAUUCAGUUUUUCAGUGGGUAUUUUUCUAUAUCAAAUACAAGUCGGAUCAUUGUUUUUAUAUGGAGAAAAAGUACUUAAAAUAUCUCUGAUGCCGACUUUUUAAGUACAAUUUGUCUCUUGUAGAAGCUAGGAGUGACUCGACCAAUGAUGGUUAAAGGUUCUUUAUAUAAAAUUUUGUAGAGCAGAUCAAGGGCUAUGUUUCUAUACCAAAUACAAGUUGUAUCCUCGUUUGCAUAUGGCGAAAAAAGUACUUAAAACAUCCGUGAUGCCGCGUUUCAUGUCAAUUUGUGUGUUUUGAAAAUAAUUUCUUCGUAUUGAAAUGAUGUAUACGGAUUGUUCAUAGAGUAUUUUAUUCAGUCUUUCACUGGCUAUCUUUUCAUACUAAGGUUUGUGGGAAACGUAUGCUGGAUUUUUCAAGAAUGUUACUUUUUCUAAGAACAACGGUCUCUGAUGGAGUCUCAAAACAACCAAGGUUAAAUACGUAUUUUGAGCUUAUUUUCCAUAAGAACAACUGGGCAAUGUAUGCAAAUGUCUUUUCGACAAAAGUCCAGUCGAAAUAAGGCAAAAGAAUGAGGGGCCGUUUUCUGAUCAAAUACGCCCCCCUACUUUAGUACUUUUCUUGUAAAUUCUAUAACUUUGUAAAGAAAGGUCGUGUCAAAUUGGACGAUGUCUCAUUUUAACCAGAAAAUUGCGGGCUACAAUCAUGCCUUAUUAAGAAAGAUUCUGGUUAUAUUUUAGAGUUUCUGAAAAACUAGUUUUCUAGAAAAUCAGAUCUUCGAAGGACUAAGGGCAACUCCCAUGGUCAUAUUUGGAAUUAGCAUGGUCGAUAACCUAUAACCCACUAGAUUCCGAGCAAAAAGUGUUUAAUCACCUCGAAAGGUUCUCUCGUGAGUAGGGUUCUCCGAUAUGCUUCAUUAAUGAAAAUAGCGUAAAUUCAAUCUUUUUUGGAAGCAAGUCGUAUCGAUAGCAGCCACAAUCGAGCUGCAAUGCCAUUUGAUAAACGUGUUGGAAACGAAAUGGUCUAUCAAUCAACUAAAUCAACCAACUGGGAACCAGGUAAUAAAGCUGCGACGAAAUUAUUACUUUGAUGAAAUAUUUUUAUUUUAUUUUUCUAGACGAUUAUACAAAAGAACCAGUUUAAUUGAUGAUAUUAAAGGAGGAAGGUACUUAUUCUGAGAAAUACGAAAUAGUAAACUGAUUGCAUCUAACAUUUCCUUCACUUACGUUUUUCUCGUCCAGCAGUGAGACAAACAAUCCAUACUCACGACAAAAUCCAAACGCAUUUUCAUCGUUGUCACCGACAUAUCAGGCUGUUAUGGAUCACCAGAACUCAUCUGCAAAGUCAUUAUCAUCUGAAUCGAAAUUAUCACGUUCAUUUCGUAUGUUAGAACAAGAUUUGAGUGAUGCAAAAGAGAUCGGACGUGCACCAUGGUCCAUAUUUGAUCAAAGACGUGAACAACAACAAAAGCAAAUCAGUGAGUUUCGAAGUGUUAAACCGUCAGAAGCGGUUUCCAUAGAUCAACAACGUCGUCCGCACUAUACAGAAUAUCGAGUUGAACAUGUUCGAGAAAAAUGGAUAGAACUAAAUUAUCACUAA